GAGGAGUCAGUUCCUCAUUUGUAUAUAGAUGCUGUUCUGAAAAGCUUCAUUUUACUCCCGGAAUGCCAACAGUCAGAAUGUCAAUGAAGGUAUUAUCGUAUCUGGUGGGACUGACCGUUACACUGUGCAUUUUACAAAGUGAUAUUUUUGUUUCAGGAAAUGUAAGAUUUGUGAGAGAAGUUAACCCUCCAUCUCCAAUCGAUUGUCAGCUAAGCAACUGGGGCAAUUGGAGUGAAUGUGAUCCGUGUACAAAGCUAAAGUAUCGAUCUCGAAGCAUUGUAAAAUUUGGUCAAUAUGGAGGAGCACGUUGCUUGAGUUCAUUGGGAGAAAGUCGGCGUUGUAAACCUGAUGCAGCCUGCGAGCAGGAACGUGUUGAUUGUGGAAAUGAUUUUGAAUGUGAAUCAGGUAGAUGCAUAAAAACAAGGUUACUGUGUAACAAUGAUAAUGACUGUGGAGACAACUCUGAUGAACAAUGUGAGGAUGAACAAGAGCCAAAGCCACCAUGCCGCAACUUGAACAUUGAAUUGUCAGAAUUAGGAAGAACGGCAGGGGAUGGUGUGAAUAUAUUGGGAAUGCAUCCAGGGAGAAAUCCUUUUGACAACGAAUAUUUUAAUGGAAUGUGUGACAAAGUUUGGGAUGGGAACACCAGAACUUAUUACCGCAAACCGUAUAAUGUAGCUUCUUUGGUUUACCAGACAAGAGCUGACAAAACAUUUGCAUCAGACACAUUUGAGGAUUCAAAAGAAGUAAUUGUAAAGAUUUUACAAGAAACAACAAAUAACUUUGACGCAUCGUUUUCCAUCAAAAUUACUCCUACAGAAUCAAACGUCUCUCUUACAGGAUCUUUGGGAAUAAACACAAAUAGAAGUGAAAGUUUACAAAACCUCAAAACAUAUUUUAAAAAAACGAAUAAAACAUUCCUGAAAGUGACGGGGAAUAUACAGUUAGCAACAUUUCAGAUGAGAACCCGAAAUGCCAUUUUAUCACCGCUUUUCCUUGAGGAUCUCAACAGUCUUCCAACUUUUUACGAAAAAGCAGAUUAUUAUUCAUUCCUAGAAAUGUAUGGCACUCAUUAUACAGUUUCAGGAAGUCUUGGAGGAAAAUAUAAUCUUGUUUAUGUAUUAGAUUCUACCGUUAUGAAGGAAAAAGACAUACAAACAGCAGAUGUCAAGGAUUGCCUUGGAUUUAAUGUGGGAGUAACUGCAGCCAUAGAAGGUGUAGAUGUAAAAGGUGGGAUAAAGAAUGAUAAAUGUACAAAGAACAAUCAAUACAGUGAAGACAACCCAAUAAAAUCAGCUGUGAUUGAGGAAGUCAUUCCUUUUGUUGAAGGAGGAACUGUAAUUCAAGCAACAGCCCUGAAUGAAAAGCUGUCUAAGAGUUAUAAAGAUAUGGAUGUGGACGACUAUGUAAAAUGGUCUGGAACUAUAGUAGAUGCACCAGUCAUUAUAAAAUCCAAGACAUCUCCAAUUUACACUCUAAUUCCACCUGAUCUGAAAGAUGCCUACACAAAGUCAAAGAACUUGGAACGAGCCAUUGAAGAUUACCUUGAGGAAAACAGUGUGUGCAAAUGCCAGCCUUGUCAAAAUGGUGGCACAGUAAUUGUGUUAGAUGGCGAAUGUGUUUGUAAAUGCCAAAGACAUUAUACCGGAGUGGCAUGCCAGACAGCAAAAUCUGAUAUUUUACCUAAAUCAAACCCUCAGGUGGAUGGGAGAUGGAGUUGUUGGUCUCCUUCAUCUUGCAAAAAUGGAGAAAUAACUCUAACACGUCAAUGCAAUAACCCUGCUCCGCAACAUGGGGGUCAAUCAUGCCAUGGAGAUAACAGAAAAUCCGUGCCAUGUUGAUUAACAUGAAUUUCUGUCUAUAAGCCAGCUUCAAGGGACAGAGCACUAAGUAUGUGACUAAGAACAUAAAACAUUGCAAGGAUUAAGAAAAUGAACAGCAAAAUAAUUGACUACAUCUUGUCAAUAAACUUAACAUCUUAAAUUGCAACCUCUCAAAAU